AUGGCGGCGGCGGCCGAGCCCGGGGCCCGCGCCUGGCUUGGCGGCGGCUCCCCGCGCCAGGGCAGCCCGACCUCCAGCCCGGAGCUGGGCGCCGGAAGCCGCUCGCGGUCGGGGCCGGGGUCCGGGCCAGGGUCGGGGCCGGGGUCCGGGCCAGGGUCGGGGCCGGAGCGGGCGGGCGCUAGGCCCCUGGGCCCCGCCGCGCCGAGUCACAGCUUCAGGAAGGUGACGCUCACCAAGCCCACCUUCUGCCACCUCUGCUCCGAUUUCAUCUGGGGGCUGGCCGGCAUCCUGUGUGACGUCUGCAACUUCAUGUCACACGAGAAGUGCCUGAAGCACGUGAAGACCCCGUGUACGAGCGUGGCACCCAGCCUGGUCCGCGUCCCGGUGGCCCACUGCUUCGGCCCCCGGGGGCUCUACAAGCGCAGGUUCUGCGCCGUGUGCCGAAAGGGCCUGGAGGCACCCGGGGUUCGCUGCGAAGUGUGUGAGCUGCACGUUCACCCCGACUGUGUGCCCUUCGCCUGCAGCGACUGCCGCCAGUGCCACCAGGACGGGCACCGGGACCACGACACGCACCUCCACCACUGGCGCGAGGGAAAUCUGCCCUCGGGCGCGCGCUGCGAGGUCUGCCGAAAGACUUGCGGCUCGUCCGACGUGCUGGCCGGCGUGCGCUGCGAGUGGUGCGGCGUCCAGGCCCACUCGGUCUGCUCCGCGGCUCUCGCCCCCGAGUGCACUUUCGGGCGCCUGCGCACCAUGGUCCUGCCGCCGGCGUGCGUGCGCCUGCUGUCCCGCAACUUCAGCAAGAUGCACUGCUUUCGGAUCUCCGAGAGCACGGCCCCAGAGCCGGGGGAGGGAGAUGACAGCGUGGACGGAAGCACCCCCGCCGGCCCAGGUAGAGAGGUGAUGGCACUAGAGUCCAGCAAGCAGACUCUGAAGAUCUUUGACGGCAACGACGCAGUGCAGCGAAACUACUUUCGUGCCAUCACCGUUUCCCGCCUGGCCAAGAGUCAGGAGGUGCUGGAGGCGGCGCUGCGGGCCUACUACAUCACGGAGGACCCUCAGGGCUUCCAGCUGCAGGCGCUCCCCGCACCCGCGCUGGCUGGCGACACCGGGGCCUCGGGAAAGGUCUGGAGUGGUGGGACCACCCAGGAGGAAGGCAGUAGAGGCCCAGGGGCCCGAGACGUUCCCAGCGCCAUUCGCAUUCCCGAGGCCUGGAUCAUUUGCGCUCUGCCCCGCACCCAGGAGGUCCUGAAGAUCUACCCUGCUUGGCUCAAAGUGGGUGUGGCCUACGUGUCCAUCCGUGUGACGCCGCAGAGCACAGCCCGGACUGUGGUGCUGGAGGUCCUCCCGCUGCUGGGACGCCGGGCUGAGGGGCGGAAGAGCUUCCAGCUGGUGGAGGUACUCAUGGGCAGCAGGCAAGUCCAGCGCACGGUGCUGGCGGACGAGGAGCCCUUGCUUGACCGGCUUCGUGAGAUCCGGCAGACGUCCCUGCGGCAGAUGAGCCAGACGCGGUUCUACGUGGCUGAGAGCAGAGUGGUGGCCCCACGUGUCUCUCUGUUCGUGGGUGGUCUGCCCCCCGGCCGGUCCCCCCAGGAGUAUAGCAGUCUGCUGGACGAGGCUGUGGCCAGCAAAGCUGACCUCGUGUCCGUGAGCCACGUCUACUCCACACAAGGUGCCGUGGUGCUGGACGUGGCCUGCUUUGCGGAGGCCGAGCGGCUGUACAUGCUGGUCAGGGACACGGCUGUGCACGGCCGGCCGCUGACCGCCCUGGUGCUCCCGGACGUGCUGCACCUGAAGCUGCCCCCAGACUGCCGCCCCCUGCUGGUGUUUGUGAACCCCAGAAGCGGAGGCCUCAAGGGCCGCGACCUGCUCUGCAGUUUCCGGAAGCUGCUCAACCCCCACCAGGUCUUUGAGCUGACCAACGGGGGGCCGCUGCCCGGGUUCCACGUGUUCUCCCAGGUGCCCUGCUUCCGGGUGCUGGUGUGUGGCGGGGACGGCACCGUGGGCUGGGUGCUCGCCGCCCUGGAGGAGAUGCGGCACCGUCUGGCUUGCCCAGAGCCGGCCGUGGCCAUCCUGCCCCUGGGCACAGGGAAUGACCUUGGCCGGGUCCUCCGCUGGGGGGCGGGCUACAGUGGAGAGGACCCGUUCUCCGUGCUGGUGUCAGUGGACGAGGCGGACGCCGUGCUCGUGGACCGCUGGACCAUCCUGCUGGACGCUCAUGAGGCCGGCGGUGGGGAGAACAGCGUGGCAGACGCAGAGCCCCCCAAGAUCGUGCACAUGAGUAACUACUGUGGGAUUGGCAUCGACGCGGAGCUAAGCCUGGACUUCCACCAGGCGCGAGAGGAAGAGCCCGGCAAGUUCACGAGCAGGUUCCACAACAAGGGCGUGUACGUGCGGGCCGGGCUGCAGAAGCUCAGCCAUCCCCGCGGCCUGCACAGGGCGCUCCGGCUGCAGGCCGAACAGCAGGAGGUGGAGCUGCCCAGCAUCGAGGGGCUCAUCUUCAUCAACAUCCCCAGCUGGGGCUCGGGGGCCGACCUGUGGGGCUCCGACAGUGACUCGAGAUUCGAGAAGCCGCGCAUGGAUGACGGGCUGCUGGAGGUGGUGGGGGUGACGGGCGUCGUGCACAUGGGUCAGGUCCAGGGUGGGCUGCGCUCCGGCAUCCGCAUUGCCCAGGGGUCCUACUUCCGUGUCACCCUCCUCAAGGCCACACCUGUGCAGGUGGACGGCGAGCCCUGGGUCCAGGCUCCCGGGCACAUGAUCAUCUCGGCCGCGGGCCCGAAGGUCCACAUGCUCAGGAAGGCCAAGCAGAAGCCCAGGAAGGCGGGGACCCCCAAGGAUGUGCGAGCAGAUGGGGCGCCUGCCCAAGGGGGACUCCAAGUAGAGGCGGGUCCUGGAGCAGCGCUCGCUGGUGGAUGUACUCGCCCACAGCCCUGACCGUCCCCGUGCCACACAAACUGCUGGGUGGGCAGUGGGCACUUCCCCUCUGGCCUUCGUACCAGUGAUGGGUGGGCACGGGGCUCUCCGGGGCCCAGGCCACUGUCCUGGAGGGCACGCACUCCUCCCCGGGCCCCUCGUGCUGCCCCUCGCCUCAUGCCCCUCGUGCUGCCCCUCUGGCUGCUCCUACAGGGCAGCUGGCUCCCUGGGCCCUGGGGUUGCCCGGCACAGACACGGGACACCCUGGCCACGAGCUCUUUGGCCUCCCCUCUCCACUGAGGGCUGUCCUGGGGGACAUGCCUCUCCAGGCCCGGGUGGUGUCUGGCCGGCCCAGCUGGAACCUGGCUGGUGGCCCCGGAGCGACAGGGCUGGGACGGGAGGGCCCCGAGGAGGCCAGGUGGUGCCCAGGAGGUAGCAGGAGCCUGGCUGGGAGCCCAGAGGAAGUGAGGAGAGCGUGCAGCGGGAGCGGCUUUAAUCAGCAAGGUCGACGCGGCACACGAUCAUCGCGGCACUCGGCCUCCCACUCGCAGACAGUCAGCACACGGGUGCCGUGUCCGCUGCUGGGCAGACGGGACUCGUAUGGUCUCCGUGCUUCUCCACGUGGAGACUUGGCGACGCAGGAUGCAGACGUGGCUGUCUGGCGGGCCACUCGCAGAGCCCCUACCACAGAGCCCCCGAGUUUAGCCGGCCCAGAUUCCCGACUUGGCCCCCUGAAGAGCCCGACCCCAGCUGCCUGGGAGCCCCCAAACCCCCAGAGAAGGGUCCACAAGCCCCUCUCCUGAUUGUCUGGUCUCUUUGCCUUUGGCGCUGUCUUGCCGCUGGGCCCUCGCACCCUGGGUGGUGGCCUUGCCCUGACAUUCGGCCUCAACCUCAGACACGGCCCUGCCCAGCCCUGUACCCACCAAGCUUGUGCCAAAACUGCCCAGACACGUGCAUCGGAACAGCCGUGGGUGGCGGCCCGUCCUCGCCACGUGCCUCUAGUAGCUGGUGUGUGUCCCCCAGGUUUGCGUCCCCGGGGGCGGCAUUAGCUUUUGCUUUGCGGGCCCCGUCGGUCGAUAGGAACUGUCUUGUAAAUUGUGGUUCAGGUGGACGUGUCCUCUGUGAGUAAGCGAGUGUGUGCGCCCGGAGGGGCUGUGUGGGCUCUGCACCCCUCCCUCGUGUGUAACUUAUCACCUGAAGGUGACCGUAAUUUAUAUCUGGGACAAAUAUAGUCUGGGCAUCCUGUCCUGC